AUGAUCGUAACAAACAUCAGGCGCUUGGUGCGAAAAACGUCGUCAAAGUUGUGGAAAUUCACUCCGCAACCAGCAGUGAACGUGUCCAACCUGCAGGGGGCCUGUACCGCAUGCAUUGGAGUGGUGGUGCUGUUGUUGUUGAUUGUUACUGUGACGCUGUUAUGUGUCCGGCUUCGAGACCGGCCCCCCGAGGAGGGCGUGCAGGACAUACUCGAGGGCCGAAUCACCCACCUGCGGAAUGCCUGCAAUCGGCUGGAUAAUGGCGGACACCAAAGCGUUCAUCCAGCGUUCUACUUGCACAGCAAGAAUAACAGUUUGCUGUACUGUCUGGUGUUUAAGGCUGGGACCAGCUCCUGGUUCUAUAACUUCAACUCCUGGGCCGGCUACACCGAGUACGAAAUCAUGCACAUCGACAACCUGUUCUUAGCCCGGAAGUUCUACCCGCAGCUGACCCGGUCGGCUCUCAUGCACUCGAUGGAGCACUCGUUCUCGUUCCUCAUCGUUCGGCACCCGUUCGAGCGGCUGAUCAGUGCGUUCGAGGAUCGGUUGGUCAGCAUGCGAAACGCGUACUACUCGCGGGUCUCGCGAGCCAUCUACGAGCGCUACCACCCGGGCGGGACCGGCGUCAUUUCGUUCCGGGACUUUGUGCAGUUCAUCAUCGAGGACGUGGCGUACAGCCGCGACCUAGACGUGCACUGGUGUCCGGUGAACAAUCUCUGCACACCGUGCCUGGUGCGGUACGAUUUGAUCAUCAAGCUGGAAACGUACGCCCAGGACGUGGAGGUGCUGCUGCGCAGGACGAACCUGCGGGACAAAAUUAAGCCGGUGCACAUUAACCACACCCGGCGGGAUGUUGUAGAUCGGUUGAUCGAAAAGUAUUUCUCACAAAUUACCCAAAAGCAGAUGGAUGCACUGUACGCGAUCUACGAGAUCGACUUCAUGCUGUUUGGGUAUUCGGCCGAGAAGUACUUUCAAGUGCCGAAGGUGCCGCAAUAA